GGGUUUAACCCUUUUAUUUGCAAAAAAAAAAUGAAAUACUCAUGUAAUACCAUAUUACCCAUAUAUACACUUGUUAUUUUCUAAUUAGUCCAAUUCUUUUUGCAUCAUUAAAAUUAAAUUAUAUUAAAAUACUGUUAUAUAUUUGUUAGAACCCAUUUUACUAUCCCAAUAAGAUUGCUCUCAUGAUAGAAAUAGUUCAAAAAAGAAAAAAGAUUGCUCUCAUGAUCUAAUUUUACGUGUUGCGUCUGUGUGAACGCCAGCUUUCGCGACGACGCGUCUUUGGUUGUUCGUUUAUUUGUUUUAGUUUAAUUUGCAUGCAGAACGGACUCCAAUUUAAGUGGGCCAAGCCUUUUCAUAUAAUAAUACUAAUUGGAAUUUAACCUAACAUGCAAGGCCUUUACGGCCCAAUUAAUGGUCAUGGUGUAUUGAAUACGUAAGUGUAUGUUGGGAGCAAGGUGUUAUAUCAGGAAAUCUCUUGUGCUUCAGAUUUGAUGAACAUUGAUGAGUAAGAAUGAUUCUAGGGGUGUUGGUGUUGCUUCUAGUUCAUAGGAAAUAGUUGAGUUUGAUUUGUCUUUGAGCAACACCGAUGUUCUCAGAGGAGCAAUUCUGAAAGAGCUAUACAUUUUGACUAGCAGUAGUAGAAUUAGGAUGUGUUGAUAUGGGUUUCAGAUUGUAGUCUUUUGUUUAUCAAAUGUUAGAUUCCAGUAUCAGAACUACGAGCAUGAAUGGUAUUUGUUAUGUCUAGGCCAGAUAUGAGUUUGGAGCUAUAAACAUUUCUUUAAAACUUUAAUAAUUUUUUUUAUUUUGUAAUUUGGGGUCAUAUCCUUAUGUGAAAAAACUAAAAAAUUUGGGGGUCUGUCAAUAAUUUAUGCGGCUAUAUCCAAAUCCGGUUCUGGUGAUGCCAUACAUCUUCAUAGAGCACGAUGUUCAAACAAUUAAAAACAAUUUUUGGAGAAAAUACCUUCUAAAAGGGCUUAAAAUUAGGACCACUUUAACAUCUUCUAGAUAAUCUAACAGUUGUAACUAUUAAACCAAGCUUCUCGGUAUUAUGUUCAAUUUUACAUUUGCUAUUCUUCUUCUGUCUUCUAAAAACAUUCAUACAAAGAUAUGUACGUAUCUCUAAAAUAUUUUCCAGUUAUUAAUACCUAAAAGCUGAUAGGACCGUAUUAUAUAAACUACGGAGAACUGAAUAUUGUAAAGAAUAAAAUUUAUAAAAGUAUACCAAAGAUUAAGAAAAGGAUGAUUCAACUGCAGAUGCGAGAUAUUAUCUCUUUCCUUAACUCAAAAUACGUCCCGUAGUGCGACGGUUUGAUAACGUAAUGAGUCCCAAGAUACAACUGCAAAAAAAUCUUCUGAUUUGCGUCACUCUAUCAGAAGCCUGGCGAAACUAGUUUUGUGUAUACUCUCAGACUCAAAGAAAAUAUCAAAGAGAAAGAAGAAAAAUAAUAAUAUGAGGAAUUGUUUUGUCUCGGGUAUGUUGCUUUCUACACAAGUGCUCUCCUUUUAUAAUCAAGAGAAAGUGCACGUUAUGCAAUUUAAGGAGUUAGCCAACGUACGAAUCAAUUGUAGUAAUGACAUUGAUUUCCAAGAUUCUCGUAAGUUAGCUUUGCAAAGUAAUGUCUUGGUUUUGACCAAUUCAACAACCUUUAUUAUACUUUGCUUGGGUUUAUAAUUUUUAUAUAUAGAUAUAUAAAUUAUCAUGAAUAAGAAUAACUAAAUAAGUUGAUUGACAUAAUGUCCAAUUAACAAAUUCAAAUUCAAAUUCUAACCCAUAUAUCCAAAGUGAUCCAAUUUGCUAAAUCUUUUAUAUUUAGCCAAAUUUAAAACUUUAUAAGUUUUGCAUGUCACUCACUUUGAACCUCCAUUUCUCAUUCAACAUAACUCUAAUUUUGACCAACAAAUACACUAACUCAUAGUGUUUAUGGUGACGAUUACAUCGUGCCCAAAUUCCGGUUCUUCCGACAGACGUCUCCGUCGAAAAACCCAUCGGAAAAAUGGUAAGCACCACUUUGUCAAAAACGAGUUCCAACAAAAGCUACAUAUAUUUUUGGUGCAGUGUCAAAUUAGAAGUAUUUAGUAUUCUGUAUGGAGAUUGUAGUCUUCAGCAUAAAUCAAGAAACCAAUCAAUGGAGUAACAUUUUAAAACCGUUUUUUUCUUGGUUAAAUGCAUAAGAGAGAAAAAUACAACCCAUGCACAGCCAGAGGUUCAGUUUUUUUGGAGCGUAGCCCAUUACAAAUGAAGUAACCUUUUUAACAAAAGAUAAUAAUCAAUGAAGUUUUACACCAACAAAAAAAAUUACACCAAAAAAAUAAUCAAUGAAGUAACGUAAAAGACUGUAUGGAAAUUAAUUUUGGUUUUCAGCUUUGAUCAAGAGGCCAAUAAAUGAGGUAGCGUAAGAUCUUAUGGUUGUGAUAAUUGUAUAUGGGAUUAAUUUACUUAUUUUUCAAUGUGUUCAAAGAAAAGACUAAAGUGGAUAGCACGAAAGGUCGUUAUCCAGAGAUCAAUAAUAGGGUUUUGGGGCACCGAAACUGGCAAAUACAUAACUCAUCAAAAAUGGAACUGUCCCAUUGAUACAACAGUUCUGUUCCUAUUUACGAUCUUCUCACUGUUUAGUCAUUUGAUUCUCUUUUCUCUUUCCAGCUUUGUUGCUCUCUCUCCUCCAAAUAUUCAAGAUUUUGCAAAUAUGUUAAGAUCAGUCCCAAUAACUCACGAAUUUAAUCACUCCUAGAUCAUCGGACUACGAUAUCAAGACGACCUUCUUUUCUAGCGAUCUCUUUUGCUGUUAAAGGAUACAUUUUUAUCAAGACGUCAAUCUAAAAAAGGUUGUUUUGCACAAAAAAAUAAAGACGUCAAUCUAAUCAACAUUUCGUUAUGUGUUGUUUUAUUGGUUCCUAUCAUUAUUUAAAGCGUUUUUAUGUUAGUAUACAAAAAGCACACCAAAUAGCCAUCAAAGUAUAGAUUAUUGUAAAUUUCAGAUCUUUUAUUAAUUAUGUAGUAGUCAUAACUCAUAAGCUUUUAAUAUGCAGAUGCAUGGACUUAGAGAUGUAUGUGCCCAUAUUUUUCAUGUUUAUCAUAUAAACUAACUAUAUAUAAAAUAUAUAAUCGUGUAUAGACAAGUUAUUUGUCCAAAUAUUCAUUCAAUUGCAUUUUAAAAUUACUUGCAAAUAAAAUAAAUUAUACAAACAUUUUUUAUUUCCUUUCGUUUUUAAUAUAGAAUUCCAUAUAAACAGAAUUCAUUAGGCAACACGAUGGAAACAAAAAUAGAAGCAAUGAGACUUGUGCAUAACUCUAUUUAUCGACAGUCUGACUCAAAGUGCUUUCGUAAGCAAUAACACAAUAAUGCUUCGCCCUUUUCUGCCUCCACUGUUCCUCCACUCUUCCCUCUCCUUUCGCUUCAUCACUCCUUUUUAUUUCCACACUAUUUUCUUGAUUAAUUAUUAUCUUCAUAUAUAUAAAUGACAGUUAAUUGUGAGAGUAUUCAUUUUUAAUAAAUAAAAUGGCCAUAUAGUUAUUUUUUCUUAAUAUGAAUACCAACAACAGCUUAAUAUAUCAAUGUAUAUAUGUGACAUGUUGACCGCAUGGUGUUACCGUUGACCAGUGACUAAUGUAAUCAUAUUAUAUGAAUAUUAUAUAUGUACAAUAAAUAUUUGUAACAGAAAUAAGAGUCUCAUAGACCGACAAACAGACCAAAAAGUAAUCUUAAAACCCUAGCUUCCCAAAUAGGUUACAUGGCUCUAUACUCUAUAUAUGAUGUGGGCUUGUAGAGCUUAUGUGAUAGACGAUUGAAACAUGGAGGUGAAGAAAGGUGAGAACAGUUUUUUAGAAAACAUGAAACAAGAUAUUGAUCAGAUUACAAAAGAAGAAUACGAGAUUCUUAAGAAGAGAAUCUCAAGCCACCCUCUGUAUGGACUUCUUCUUCAAUCACAUCUCAGCUGUUUAAAGGUGUGCUCCGGUGACUUUGACUUACCGGAGAUUAUGAACACAGCGGAUGAUCUUGACCUAACCAAACUCUCUCUCGACCCUGAUUCUUCCCUCGAAGCUACCUCUUCAGACCUUGAUCAAUUCAUGGAAGCGUAUUGCUCGACUCUACGGGAGCUGAAGGAAGCCGUGGAGAAGCCUCUUAUCGAAGCGCACCGUUUUGUAGAUACGGUGUACACUCAGCUAAACGACAUUGUUCUCUCAUCACCACCCCCUUAAUAAGGGGGAAACAUGACAACUCUUUCGGUGCUAUUAUGUCAAAACGCAUUUUCCAAAUUGUGAAAUUACUAGUGUACUCGUGUUUUAUUGUGCUGCGUUUUCAGAAACGCUAUUGUAGAAUCCAUUAACGGCAAUCACAAUCUGAGAAAAUGCACUAUAUAUAUCACGCCCGCCUGCUUUGCAUUUAAGAAAAAUAAAAGUUUAUGGAAAAGUAUUGUACAUUAUACAAUACUCCUUA